CAACUGCCCGCUUUCUCUCGUUUUCCAUCACUCCAUGUGGGCAUAAGAGCACGCUCCCCGUCAAACGGAACUUGCACUGAGAGUAUCAUAUACCACUGCCCACUCACUCCCUUCCGCUACUCCUUCCCAGCUAACAAAACGCACAAUGCCAGUCGACUACAGCAAAUGGGACAAGCUAGAGCUCAGCGACGACGAGGACUUUGAAUGCCACCCGAACGUCGACAAAGCCUCCAUGGUCCGCUGGCGCCAAGCGGACAUCCACCGCAAACGCCGCGAACGCAAAGACAAACUCCAAGCCCUCGCAGAAGAAUCCACCACCACACGCAAAGCCAUCACCGCGCUCACCCAGAUCACCCGCCUGCCGCCCUCAACGAACCCCGCAGCUCUCACACCGGCCAUCACGCUGUUGAAUGCGGAUUUCCAGAAAUGGGAGCAGGAGUUGAGGGAGAGUUACUUGAAGGCGAUGAUGAGGGAGAGGGAUGCCAGGUGGGGUGCGCCGGAGCCGGAUGCGUUUGUGCAGGGGAGGGUGCCGUAUGGGACGUACACUGAGGGGAUCCUUGCCGCACUGAAUCCGACUCCGGAGGCGAGAGGGGAGAGGGAUACAGCAGAUGUCAAGGCGGCGUUGGAGAAGAGCGUGGAUGAAGCUAUUCGUAAACUGGAAACGCGGCAGAGGGAGUUGGACGCGGAGGUGCAGCGGGAAGAAGCAGAAGCCAAGAAGAAAUUGACCACGGACGACCUGAAAGAAGGGUUCAACAAAACGAUCGUCUCCAAACCCGCCGCUGCACCGCCAUCGACAACAAAAACAUCUCAGAAAACAAUCGAAACUAUCCACACCCCAUCCAUCGCCACCACCUCGGCCACCGCCGCCCCCGCCGCGGGCGCAACCCAACCCACCGAGGAAGAAGACGACGACGAAGCCGACCACAUCACCUUCCCCCCCGCACAACUCUUCGCCGACGCCCUCAACCUCGAUCAAUCCUUUGGCAUCAUCUCCGCCCACCCUGCCCUCGUCUCACAACGGUACUCGGACAUGAUCCUGGCGGAGGGGUUCAGGAUGGAGAUGGCGCGGAAGCCGAAGGAAGCGAAACGAUGCGUGCAUCAGGCGUUGCUUUUGCAGUAUUGUAGUUUGUUGGGGAAGGAUGGGGUCAAUCUUUUCUUCGCGAGACUCCGCUCAUCCCAACCCUCCGCAACAGCCAUGUUCCUCAAAGACGUCAACGAGACCUACACCCGCAUCCAAACCCGCGUCCGCACCCUCCACGCCGAACAGGCCCAGCAAGAAGCCGCCGAACGCGCCGCCCUGCAACAACGACUGGAGGCGUGUACGUUACCCGAUGGGUCGUAUGCGUUACCGGUGGGCGAGGAGGCGGAUGAGAAGGAACGGCGGAGGGCGGAGGUUUUUGCGGGGUUGGAGAGGGCGUUUCAACGUGCGUUGUUGUUAUCGGAUGUGGAUGAAAUCAACGCGCACCUCGCGUCGUUGUCCAAGACGGAGGGGGAGGAGUUGGUGAGGAGGUGUAGCGAGGUUGGGUUGUUGGAUUUGGAGAUUGAGGGCGGGGAUGGGGAUGGGGGGGAGGAGGAGGAUGCGUGAUCUCUUGGUUGCUCAGAUGGAUGCGCUUUUCCUGUGUAUCAUCGUCCUUAGUAGAUCAAUGGCAAAAGAUCGGGCUUUUUUUGCUUGCUUGUUCAAUAGAGUUUUGUGGAUAGUUCACUCAAUUCAUAUCCCGC